AUGUCAUCAAAAUAUGUUGUUCAAAAUAGUGAUGUUGCUGUUAUAGGUGUUGGUUUUAGAGCACCAAGUGGUUGUUUAACGAAAUCCAUUUCAAAUACAAACCAACUUUGGGAAAGCUUGGUAAAUGGUUUUGAUGAUAUCGUAGAAACAUCUGAAAGAUGGUCUGACAACUAUAGUAUCACCGGUGAUAUCGCUUGCAAGUAUUCUGGUCUUAUUCCACUGGAUGAAUGGAAGUCUUUUGAUCCAAUUUUUUUUGGUAUCAAUCCAAGUGAAGAACAUGUCAACACAAUCGAUCCACAACAAAGAUUACUGUUAAAGUGUACAUGGGAAGCAUUAGAAGAUAGCGGUAUUGAUCCAUCCACAUUAAGAGGUUCAAAUACAAGUACAUUCAUUGGUGCAUCAACUAUAGACUACGAAUCUGCCAAUAAAUCACAUUUUGACAUCCAAAAAAACAUUUUUGGCGCAUCUAUUCAUUCAAUAUCAAAUAGAAUAUCAUACUGCUUUGAUUUCCGUGGCGAUUCAAUGACAAUCGAUACUGCAUGUAGUUCAUCAUUAAAUGCAAUUAAUCUUGGUUAUAAAUCAAUCAAAUAUGGUCAAUCUGAUGUAUCUGUUGUAGGUGGUUCUAAUUUAAUACUUGACCCAAAUACAUCAAAAUCAUUUUCUCAUUUAUCUAUGUUAAGUCCAACUGGAAAAUGUCACACAUUCUCAUCUGACGCUGAUGGAUAUAUACGUUCAGAGGGUGUUGGUGUCGUGGUAUUGAAGAAAUUAGAAAAAGCAAUCAAUGAUGGAAAUAAUAUUUAUUGUGUUAUCAAAGGUUCAGGAUCAAAUGUAGAUGGUAACUAUGAUAAAUCAAACUUUUAUUCACCAUCGAAAUCAUCACAAUAUGAAAAUAUUAAAUCUGCAAUCGAAUCCACCAAUGGUCAAAUCAAAGCAUCUGAUAUAGAUUAUGUCGAAUGUCACGGUACUGGUACACCUACCGGAGAUCCAAUAGAACUAGAAGGUAUUUCAAGAGCAUUCAAAGAUUCAAGCAAACAAGUUUUAAUUGGCUCCAUUAAAUCAAAUAUCGGUCAUACUGAAGCAUCAUCAGGUUUAAUGGCAUUAAUUAAAUGUUGUGUCAUGUUUAAAAACAAAUCAUUUGUUCAAAAUAUAAAUUUUAAAUCUCCAAACCCAGAUAUCAAAUUCGAUGAGUGGCAUCUAAAAGUUGUAACUGAACCAACACCAUUUUACAAUAACAAAAAUACUGUUAUGGCAAUUACUAACUUUGGUAUAACUGGAUCAAAUUGUUGUAUUAUUCUAUCAGAUUACCAUAAUGAAAAUAUCCAAAAUGAAAAUAAUAAUAUUAACAAAAAAUAUUUAAUAACAUUCUCAUCAAACUCAUCAACAUCACUAGACAAAUAUAUUCAAGUAAUAAAAGGACAAUCAAACACAUUAGAUUUUAUUGAAUUUGUAAAUAACCAAAUCAAAUAUAAAUCAACAUCACUCAUUCAAAGAUCAGUUAUUAUUGCAAGUAAUUGGGAAGAAUUUAAAGAUUCAAAUAAUGAAAUCAAAUCAUUGAAUACAAACACACUUUCAAACAUUAUAAUUAAUAAAAACAAUCCAUAUACAGUAUUUGUAUUUUGUGGUCAAAGAUCACAAUAUAAUAAAAUGGUAUUGGAACUAUAUGAAAACGAACCAAUUUUUAAACAAUGCGUACAUAAAUUCGACAAUUUAAUCGUUGGCCAUUCUCUUGGUGAAAUUUCAGCAUCAUAUUGCUCUGGUAUGAUUGACUUUGAAACAUUGUGUUAUUUAGUAUACAACAGAUCGAUUGCUCAAAAUAAAACAACUGGUACUGGAAGAAUGUUAUCUAUAAAUAUAAGUCCUGAGGAAUAUAUUUCAAAUUAUUCAUCAAAAUACCCAACAGUCAACAUUGCUUGCUACAACUCACCAUCAUCCAUUGUAGUAUCUGGUAAAGAACAUUUACUCAAUGAAAUUGUUACUGAUUUAAAAUCAAAAGAUAUAUUUUGUGCUAUGUUAGGAACAUUAUCAUCACUCCAUACAUCUAGCCAAUUAGUUAUUAAAGAUGAAAUAUGUUCAAUGAACAUUAAAUCAAAACAAUCAACAACACCAAUAUUUUCAACAGUCACAACCAACUUAUUUAUUAACAUCACCACCAUACUCUCUACAAAAAUCCACGAAACAACACCAUUCAAUUCAGAAUAUGUAUUUGAAAAUGUUUUACAACCAGUAAGAUUCACUCAAACCAUUUCAAACAUAUAUAAAUAUAUUGAAGAGAACAACUAUGGUGUUGCAAAUGACUCACCAUCCAAAUCAUAUCAAACAUUCAUAGAUACAAAAAAACAACCAUUCCAAUGGCUAAAAGGACAUCAAGUAGAAAACAAAUACUACUUCCCAGGGUGUGGGUACAUCAUCAAUCUAUUCAACAUAUAUCCAAACCAAGAUAUUACAAUCGGUUCAAUCGAAUUUAAAACACCAUUAAUUUUACAUGAUGAUGUCAAUCAAUGUUUACAAACAACCAUCAAUACACUUUCAAAAAAUGAAUUCAAUGUCAAAUCACACUUUAAAGAUAUAACUACAAAUCAAUGGGUAUUGUGUUCCACUGGUAACUUUAGUCUAUUCAAACAUGGUAACGAAAUAAACCGAAUUAAUAUUGAGGAAAAAAGAAAUAGUUGCAACUUUACCAAACUAUCUAAAUUAGAGCUUUAUGAUUCAAUCAAAAUCAAAACCGGAUUAACAUACAAAGGUUUAUUCAGAGGUGUCAAAGAAUGUUAUAUUGGUGAUAACUGUUCUCUAUCGAUAGUAUCAUUAGAUGAAAUUCAAAAUCAAAACGAAUUCAAUCAUUUACUCAACAACAAUUCAAUGAAAUCAUUCUUUAAUUCUGCAAUACUAGAUACAUGUUUACAUGGAAUGCUAAGUUUUAUCAAACAUCAAUGCCAAAUUGUAUUAGAUAAAAUCGAAGGAUUAAAAUAUUACUCAUCAAACAUUCCAUCACCAAACAAUCAUCAACAUUCUGAAAUCUAUGUAUAUUCUGAAAUGAAAUCAAGAAUUAAUUUAUACUCAUACUCCGGAUCCAUUAAAGUAAUGCUAAAUGAUGGCACAUUAUUAAUUGAAAUUUCUAAUAUUAUUUGCACAUCACUUACACCAAUCAUUGACAAUACAAUAAUUAUCCCACCACCAUCUAAUGAUAUAUAUCUACCAAUUCAACAAUCAAAAGACUCUAUCAUUAAUAAACCACAAACUUUUAAAAACUUGUGUCAAUUAGAAGAAUUGAGGCUAGAUGAAUUUAAUCAAAAAACAGAAUCAAAGGAACAUUUACUUUCAUUAUUUUACUAUCAAAUUAAUCAAAGACGUCCAACUAUCAACAAAGAAACAUUAUCAACAAUGGAUUAUAAUCAAUUCAAACAACUCUACCAUAAUGAUGGGGUAAAUGAAAAUUUAUUUAUUUUUAUUUUCGAUAUUUUAAAAAAAUAUAAUAGUUUAGGUAUCAAUAAACAAUUAAAUGAAUUCCCUGAUGGUAAUAGUGAUAGGAAUAUCAAGCUUUUUGAAAAAACAACCAAAGUUAUGGCAAAGCAAAUAUUUCCUUUAGAAGAUGAUGAUUCAAAUAAAGACACUCCUCAAUCAUUAUUUGAAGAUGGGUUUUUAGAUAACUUUUAUCAUAAAUCCAAUUUACUAAAACCAAUAAACAAUCUAUUAUGCGAAAUUGUUUCAGAAUUAAUCAAACCAACUAUUAAUGAACCAAUUGUAUUCAGAAUCCUGGAAUUUGGAGGUGGUGUUGGCUCUUUAUCAAUUUUGGUAUUAAAUAAAAUCAAAAAACUAUUAAAUGAUCAUCCAUCAUCAAAUAUCGAUAUAGAAUACACAUGGAGCGACAUUUCAGCAUCAUUUUUUUCAGACAUUAAAGAAAAACUUUCAAAAAUCAAAGGUAUCAAUAUAAUCUAUCGUCCUGUUGAUUUAGACAAACCAUUAAAGGAUCAAGAUUUAAAACCAUCUUAUUACGAUAUGGUUUUAAUGUCAAAUGUAUUACAUGUCGUAAAACUAAUUAGAUUCAGUUUAAAUGAAAUCCAUAGUAUUUUAACACCAAAUGGCCAGAUAGUUUUUAUUGAAGCACCAUACAAAUCAUUAUACCUUGACUCAAUUUUUGCUGUAUUCCCACAAUGGUGGCCAUCACCAGAAGAUGCUGACAUCAGAAAAGAUAGAAGCUGCAUGAAAAUAGAAACCUGGUAUAAUUUACUAAACGAAUGCAACUAUAAAGAUACAACAAUAUCUGGAAAUGAUAAUGCAUUAUUUUUAAUUCAAACAAGAAAACCCAAUAUAAAUGAAAUGGUAUUAUCAAAUAUAGAAUCAAUGAAACAAUUAGUAUCACAUGAUAAUAUUAUAUUAUUUGGAAAUAGUAGACAUGGUACACAAAUCAAUGAAUCAUUCAAAUCAAAUCAAUUAUUAAUUUCAAAAAUAAUACAAAUAGAUGACUUUAAUGAACUUAACAACUGGAUUAUAAAAUCAAUCGAUUCUAUUAAACAAAGUAAAACAUUAAUUUUCUUUAUGAAAGCAAUCGAUCCAUUAGAUAUCAAUAAUUUUAAAGAAAUAACAUUCGAUUACAUUCAAAUUAAUCAAAUAUUACUUCAACAUGAAAUUGAAAACUUUUUUAAGCAUGUUUUGAUAUUAUUAAAUUCAACAACAAACAACUAUUUAUCAUCAUCAAUCAACGGAGCUACAAGAUAUUUUGUUGAAUUCCCACAAUUAGAUUUAUAUUCAUUAGAUUUCGAUGAUAUUUCAAUUCAAAAUGAAAAUAUACUAUCACUUAUCGAUGUAUUAAUAAAUCCAACAACAAAUAUUCAAAGAGAAUUCACAAUUAAAAACAACACAGUAUAUUAUGAAAGAUAUAAAAAACAAACAAAAAUUAAACAAUCAUUUACAUCAAAGUCAUUUGAAACAAAUAAAGAUAAUUUAAUGAUACAACUUGAUCAAAAUUUAGAAUAUUUUUUAAAACCUAAAAAGCAAGAAUUAAACCCAAAUGAAAUCGAAGUUCAAAUAAAAGCUACAGGUAUCAACUAUAAAGACUAUCUAAUAUAUAUCGGUCAAGUAUCAAAUAAUGUUGUUGUCAGAAAUGGCAAAGAAGAAGUUGAAAACGGAUUAAACCAUAAUCCAAAUAUUGGAAAUGAUUUUAGUGGUGUUAUUACUCGUUGUGGUAGCAAAAUAAAGAAGUUAAAAAUUGGAGAUGAAGUAAUUGGGACUGCUCCAAAGGCUAAUGGAUCGCAUAUUGUAUUGGACUACAAAUAUGUUUAUUAUAAACCAUCUAACAUUUCACAUUUACAAGCAGCAUCCAUUCCAACAGUUUAUGUUACAACAUUUCACAGUUUAUACUGUACUGGCAAUUUACAAGCAGAUCAAACUAUUUUAAUUCACUCAGCAGCGGGUGGUGUCGGUCUUUCAACAUUAGAACUAUUAAAGUUCGGUUCAAAAGAAAAAGAACAGUACUUAGUAGACAAAUAUAGCUCAUUUAUUACUGGUAUAUAUUCAUCAAGAAAUAAAAACUAUGUUGACCAAAUUAAAAACAAAUUAAAACAAUUAGAAUGUGACACAGAUCAUCAAGGUGUAGAUUUGAUAUUAAAUACACUAUCAUCAGAAUAUAUGGAUUCAAACUUCCAAUGUUUAAAUACUUGUGGUAAAAUUGUAGAUCUUUCAAUUACACAUUUAACAUCAAACGACUAUAUGACAAACAAUCACUUUAAAUACAAUUAUGGAUAUAAUAAUAUUGAACUUGGAAAAUUUCCAGUUUAUUUGUAUAGAAAAUGCCUCAAAAAAAUUAUUGGUUUGAUACAGUCAAAUAAAUUAGAACUAAUUCCAAUCAUUGAAUAUUCAAAUGAUCAAUUUAAAGAAGCAGUCGAAUAUAUUAAUCAAAGACAAAAUAUUGGAAAAAUUGUUGUUAAUCACGAUAAAGAUUUGAUAUCAAGAACAUUUAAUGAACAUAUUGAUUCAAUAAUUAUGAAGAAUAGUUAUGAUAUUUCAAGAUUAGAUAUUGGCAAAAACAUAUUAGUGACAGGUCAAACAGGUCUUAUUUUAGAAAUAAUGAAAUGGCUAGUUAAAUAUUCAAACAAAUCAAUCGAUAAUAUUAUAAUUUUAUCAAAAUCACCAUUAAAAUGGGAAUUAGAACUAUUAAUCAAUGAAACCAAACAUCAAAAAGAUAAUACAAUUAAUUUCCACUUUAAUCAAGUCGAUAUUGAAGAUAGCGAUAAAGUUCACGAUGUAUUAAACAAUCUAGAAUCAAAUUCAAACAUUACAAAUAUUGAUACAGUAAUACACUUUUCAUUUGUAAAUGAGGUUAGCGAUGCUAAAGAUAUCGAUAUGAAUGGUUUAAAUAUCGUACAUGGUGCAAAAACAAUUGGUGCAAUCAAUUUACACAAUGAAUCAAUUCAACGUUCUUGGAAAUUAAAACAAUUUAUUUUAGCAUCAUCUGCUGUAACAAUAACUGGUUCAUAUAGACAAUGUAGUUAUGUUAGUGCUUGUAAUGCUAUUGAUUCGUUAUCAAAAUAUAGAAAAUCAAUCGGACUACCAUCACUAUCAGUAAAUUUAGGUGCAAUAUCAUCAACUGGAUUUAUUUCAAGAAAUGAAGCAAUCAAAACAAUGAUAGAGUCAUCACAUUAUAAUUUUACUUCAUUACAACAAUUUUUUAUCUCAUUAGAUCUCUUCCUUCAAGAUAAAAACAAUUAUUCAAACUAUUGCUUGUGUAAUUUUAAUUUGGAAAAUAUGGUAUCUUUAAAACCAAACGGUAAUUAUUCUAAACUUGACUAUAUAUCCAAUAUGGUUAAAAAAACUCAUAUAUCAUUAGAUGGUGGCAAUAACCAAGAAAUUUUAAAAAUUAAAGUUAUAAAUAAAAUAUCCGAGCUACUUUCAAUUGAUGAGUCAAAAAUCAAUUUGGAAUUCCAAUUAACUCAGUAUGGUCUCGAUAGUUUAGUUAUUGUUCAAUUAAAGAACUGGAUAGAUAAACAAAUAGGUAGAAAUAUAAUUACAAUACAACAAUUACAAAUCAAUAGUAUAUCUCAAUCAAUACAAAUUAUUAUUAAAAAUUUUACUGAAAAUAAUAAAAAAAAAUAA